AUGAUGAUGUUACUGGAAGGGAAAGAGCUCAAAAAAUCCGACUCCUCCGCCGAGGCUACUCCGCCAAUCCGAGAGCAAGGGUCGCGGCUGACCGAAAUGCUCGAGCCUAACCCUACGCAGUCUCAGCCCACGGAUGAGCUCGACACGGAGAUUAGAGAGGCCCAGGCGCAGCUCGCAAAUUUGAAGCGGCAGCGACGGCUCCUUGAGAUCCAACAACAAGUUGUUGAUGAGCAGAUAGCGCUUGAGGUGGCUUGGAACCGGCUCGCAGCUACCACCAGCAAAGAUUACUCGCCCACUAUCGGCCCUGCUGCAAAGGACUCGGUCAAUGCACAAUACAGGGGGCUUGCAGCACCGAUGCAAAACGGGGACAGCAAAACUGGUAUUAUCCAAGCUCCAAACAAUACUCUCCCUGCACCAUCUGAGCAAGCUGUCAGCCCGUCUUUCCGUGCGCCCCAGCUGAACCUAUCACUUGUUAAAAACGAAAAUACAGACCCAAAUGGCGCCGCAGACCCGAAUUUGGAACGAUUACGGGAACUUGCUGCAGCUACUAGAUCGGCCUCGUCACCUUCCCAAGCUCCUCCAGUCCCAAACGUGCCAGUCUACCAUGGUCGAGCCCUCGGGGAAUUCAGGAACUACGCUAUGAGCCUGGAGUGUCAUUUCAAUAGAUAUCUAGAUUGGUACACAGAAACACAGCCAGGAGCCUUAUCUACUAGACAUUGCUUUGUACGGAACGGAGACUGCAAACGGUGA